CCAAACGUUAGCCUUCAAAACCAUCAUGGAGAGUUUCAUCUUGUUCAGACGAAGUAAACGGGUGACUGUCAAGGAAAACGACAUGAACACAGAAAGAAUCGCCAGGAUCUUCCAGGUACAUGGCCCCAGUCUCUACAUUACUGAUGACAGUAAUGUAGCACUAUUUCCUGGGCCUGAUCACCAUUUCAGCACUUUAGACCUCACAAUAAGGGGGCAUUACGAGGUGCACAGCGGGAGCAGCGUGGAGGACUCCUCUACCGGUGUCGGCAGUGUGCCAGUAACACACAACCCUACCCGCUUUUCUUUCCACCGCCCACCCAGCGCUGCUGCAGGUUUUGCUGCAAGGGCUUCAUCAAAUCCAAGAGCUACCCUGACAAAAACAUUCCAAAGGAACAUCUUCAUCGCUGAACUUGUGGAUGGCAAGUUGGAGACUAGCACAACACUGACUGUGCGUUUCUUGGAAUUUGAGGCUUCUGUUAUGAGCAUCCAAAACAAAGUCAAUGAUGCCCUUGAACAAGAGGAUUCACGCAUCCUCACUGACAGCCAGGGAAACAAAAUCUUGGACUCGGAAGGAACCAGAGCCGACGAGAAGAUACAGGCCUCGAUGGCGUUUUUGAUAGAAUUGAAGAGUUGGUCCUGGUAG